AUGAAAGCUUUUGGUGGUGUUUUUGCCCUAGCAGUGGUCGCAGUGGUCGCUAUAGCCAUCGCGCAGCCAAACUGCUCAACGGCCCCAACAACAACAGCGCCCAAGUCGAACCCUUUCCUUGAACUGUCUAAUUCUGAGCUUGCGGAUAUCGCUGCCUGGCUCAAGGACCCAGAGCAAUCCCUCAACCUCACCGAUAUGGACGAAGCCGCCUUAGACGGCAACUACAUCGACUCGAUCGAGCUGUGGCACCCAACCAAGGAAGACGCCAUUUACUACCUCGACCAAGAUGGUCCACUCCCCGAUCGCAUGGCCAAGGCACACGUCGUUUCUGGCUUGGACGAUCCUCCGAUUGUCAAGACUCUCCUUGUUGGCCCGCUGCCCGUCUCUUCCGACACGAGAAUCGAGAAUCUCGCCGAGAAAAUCUACCACAACGGUGAGAUACCUUGGAAUGCAAAACCAUCCCAUCCCGGCGAGGACCGUGAGCGCACCAAUGUCAUUUCAGAAACAUUCACUGCCAUCUCUGAUGCUCUCAAUGAUUUGCUGGGCGUGCCUUGGUCACUUAGCAACUACGAUACCGGUUUACUCCCCAACAACGGCGAUGGAUCGUACAGACACCCAUGGGUCGAGCUGAUGCUGGCCUACGACACCUCUGCCAUGUGGUUCGCAUACACUGGCUUGUUUGCGCAGUUCGAUUUCUCCAACCAAGACAUUUCUCAAUGGAAGCUCCGCAAGCUCGUCUACAACAACCAGAAGUGGUCAUCUACUGACGCGUUCAAUGAGGAUUUCAACGCGGGGAAACUCGAGCCAUCGCCCCAACUCAACAGCACCAACACUGACUGGGCUCUCCGCUCCGUGAAGGGGACUGCUCGCGACCUCGAAGAGCUUCCCGCUCCGAUUACCUACUCCCCAAGUGGCUUGAGGUAUCGUGUCGACAGAGAUGAGAGAUACAUCACCUGGAUGGACUGGUCCUUCUACCUCUCCUACAGCCCAGAGCAAGGUCUGAUGCUCUUCGACGUCAAGUUCAAGGGCGAGAGAGUUGCGUAUGAGAUCUCACUCCAAGAUGCCGUCUCCAAUUACGGCGGCGCUGAUCCUAUGCAAGCCUACACGGCAUAUCUCGACCGAGGCUUUGGAAUGGCCACUGGUAUUACACCGCUCGUCAGGAACUACGACUGCCCACACGAAGCGACAUACAUGGACGUCAACUUCUACGACUACGGUGCCGGUCGCAUCUUGAACGACACCAUUUGCAUGUUUGAACGCGAUCUUCAGAAGCCUAUAUCAAGACACUACCAGUCUACAGACGCAGGCGCUACCAGGGGUGUUGCGUUCGAAGUGAGAAGUAUCUACACUGUCGGCAACUACGACUACUUGAUCAGCUUCACACUCUACCCAGAAGGCUCGAUUGAGAUUGAAGUUGAUGCUUCGGGUUACCUUCAAACAACAUAUUAUAAUCCGAAUGGCGAUUCAUAUGACACAAGAGUCAGCGCCACAUCCUCUGGCAGCAUCCACGACCACGUUAUCACCUUCAAGAUUGAUCUUGAUGUCGCUGGCGAGAGCAACAGUGUCGAGAGAAGGGACAUCGUGGUUAGUGAGGAUAGGUUCAACUGGAUGGACGAUGAUGAUCCGCCACUGAAGCAGAAAAAGAUCAACACAAGCGUCUUGGAGAAGGAGAAGGAGGCUGUGAUUGACUGGAACGGUAACAGUGACAAAUUUUGGCUAAUUGGUAACCAAGACUCAACCAACAGCUAUGGAUACCCGCGCUCCUACCGUCUCAUGCCACGUUCAGUCAUCCACAACAUUGUUGAUGGCGAAAAGAUGGACCAGAACGCCAAAUUUGCCGAUCAUCAUGCCUUUGUCACUGUUACCAAGGACAACGAACGCAGUUGCUCAUCAUACUACAACGCCGUCUUACCAAAGAAGCCACCAGUCGAUUUCACCAAGUUCUACCAAGAUGACGAAUCCAUCAGGCAGAAGGAUCUCACUCUCUGGGCAUCGGUUGGAUUCAGACACGUUCCACGAGCUGAAGAUGUACCAAAUACGCUCUUCAUAGAAGCCAAGUCAGCAUUAAUGUUGUCACCAUUCAAUUACGCUGACGAAGAGUUGUCGAGAGACUUGCGCAACUCGUACUACGCUGUGGCUAAUGAAGAUUACUACCUCGUGGCUGAUGAACAUGGCAUCAAUCUCGACGGCACUUGCUCAGCACCUACACUUCGGCCACUCGGCACUCUCCCCUACUGA